GUUUGGUUGCAUCGCAGCGCAUACACAAUGGCUGCUGGAAAGAGGGGAAAGCAAACAAUUUUUAGGCCCGCCGCGUCCAGCAAAAAAUAUGAGAAAAAAAUUAUUAAAAAUCCGGGAAAUAGUUGAAAGUCAAGAAAAAUACCGUAGAAAGGAUGUUAACGCUCCCGCGGGCCUUGUGUCUCUGCUGUGUUGAAGAUUUGGGCUUUCUUGCACUCUCUGUGCUGGGACGUAUCAUUCGUGUCCACCACAUGGCUUGCAAUCGCUAAGUUGCCAUGGCAACAGUAUCUCCAAAAGACUGCCCCACUGUGGCAGAACACUGUCGGGUGAGGAAAAGGAGAGAGGAGGGGAAAGUGAGGAAGAACUUCUCCUGUCUUUUGUGCGAGAAGGCCUUUAACAGCUUGGAGAAGUUAAAGGUGCAUUCAUACUCUCACACAGGGGAAAGGCCGUAUCACUGCACACACACUGACUGCACCAAGGCCUUCGUCUCGAAGUAUAAACUCCUACGGCACAUGGCCACACACUCACCGGAAAAGACACACAAGUGCAGCUACUGCGAGAAGAUGUUCCACCGUAAAGAUCACCUCAAGAACCACCUCCACACACACGACCCCAAUAAGGAGGCUUUUAGCUGCACUGAAUGCGACAAGAGUUACAACACCAAACUAGGCUUUCGAAGACACCAAGCUCUUCAUGCCGCGCAGCGUGGAGACCUCACCUGCCAAGUGUGUCUGCAGUCAUAUCCAAGCACUCCCCUGUUGCUGGAGCACCUACGUGGGCAUGCCGGGAAAAGCGCUACCGCAACUAAGGAAAAGCGGCAUCAGUGUGAUCAAUGUGAAAGGCGUUUUUAUACCCGUAAGGACGUGCGACGCCACUUGGUUGUGCAUACUGGACGCAAAGACUUCCUCUGCCAGUACUGCGCCCAACGAUUCGGUCGAAAGGAUCAUCUAACCCGUCAUGUUAAGAAAAGCCAUGCUCACGAGCUGCUGAGGGUCAAGGCAGAGCCUGUAGAUUUGAUGGAAUCCCAAUCCUCACCAACAUCUGGGCCACUCACUCUAAGGUAUCCACUCGCUCAUGCCUCUUACUCACCACCGCCACCUUUGAGGGCAGAGCUUGAAAGUUAUCUUCUAGAGCUACAGGCUGAAGAUACACCCAAGCUGAGUUCUUCUGCCAUGGUGACCGGAGAGACAACAUCAUCCCUGGAUUUUUUGUCUCCACUGUUUAAUUUUCUGCCUUACAACCAAGGGGCGGGGUCUAAUUUGGGAGUGGCUUACAGCCAGGAGGAGGGGAUUCUGACCAGCCCCAUUCAAGACAGCCCAGAGCCUCUCAGCCUCCUUCACACGAUCACACACUCGCACUCGCUGUCACAAGCCAACACACUCACUCCCAGUUACACACAUCCACCAUCUCUGAAUACAACCACCACACUGCCUCGCUUCCACCAAGCCUUCCAGUAACCCAAAUACAUUCACACACUUACUUAAAUUUUCUGGCACUUUUUAAAGCACUCUUAUGUUUAUCAACUUAGCCCUUAAUACAAAAAGCACAGAGUCCCACAAGGCUCGCCAAGGCAACAAUCUGCUCCCUCUUGCAAAUGCUGCAUUUGAUUCAUACUUGAAGAGAUGACAAAUGCAUUUCUAGUUUUACUUCCUAUCUAGAGGAUUUUGAAUGACCUCUCCAUUAAAUAGAUGUUUAUUAGAGCAGAGCUCAGAUUGCAGUGAAGUUUCGCUCUCAAAAUGCCGACAGAGAAGGCAUAGCAUUUAAAGCCCUCUCGUUAACACUUUAAACUUUUAGCAAGUUCCAUCAAAACUUAAAGAUAUUUUUUCUAAUGUUGUUUUUUUUUUCUCUUUGUCUGUUGUAUGGCUCAUGAACUUUUGGGUACUGAUAUCUACCAGCAUUUAGUGACCAUGUCACAUUUACAGCCAAAGGCAACCAAAACCCUCAUAGCUAUAGAGAAGAAGGCUCAUCUCGUUAUGUUUUUUUUUUAAUGGCUGUUUGCCUUCAUGCUGCUGCUCAUUGUAAGAGCCUCAAAGGACACCAGCACAGGAAUGCUUCACAGUUCACACCAACAAAAGGGAAAGAAGGACGGAGACUCUCUCUCACACAUACACUUAUAUCCUUUUUCUCUCUUGCUAUACUCAACCUCAUCCACCAGAAUGCUGGCUGUUGCACUGAUCGGAGCUGUCAAACAAUGAAAACAACAACAACAUUCAUUUCAAUUUUGCUGUCUCGGUUUAAGCUUACAGCUUAUACUGCAAUCUGUGACAGACGUUUUCAUUAUAUUGACUUUUCAAUUUAUCUGAAUAUAAGCUGAGGGUGUAGUUGAUUUUGGAAUCUAAUCUAUAGAAGUUUGUGAUCUCCAUAAAGAUUAUUCACACUGACAGCGAUUUGCAAAGCAACCAGUUGCCCCAUUCAUUUUCAUUGAGAGCUGACGAUUGAGGUGCCACAACUGACAAAGACCUCAACCCUUAUGCAAAUGGCCAGUGACACAAUGUGUUGGCUUCCACUGGUAGUCCGCACACAUAUAAGAUCAGACAUAUGAUGAUCAGCUGGUGGUCAAUCUCCAGCGAUGUAAUCGCUACCAUUGUGAACAUAUCUUCCUCUAUAGUCAACCUCUAGAGACAGAUCUGUGUGUGUGUGUGUGUGUGUGUGUGUGUGUGUGUGUGUGUGUGUGUGUGUGCUCAAAGAUGAUUGACAUAUUGUUGGCUAAAUGUGUGUUAUGAUGGUUUUUGAUUUAUUUCCUCAGAAGCUGAAGGUUGUUAAAAGCUUAAACAUUCAGAACCGUUUGGGGCAUGUGUUUCAUAAUAGCACUUUCAGAAAAUGUCUUUUCGUUUUGUCUUUUUGUGAAAGUAACUGUUAUAAAUAAUUUAGGUGUCGUAAUUAGCUUUUAGAAGACUUAAGUAUACAUACACAAUGCUAUAUGUAUGCCAUUUUUACAGGUACACUUCAUAGAGUGUUUUUGUUUUGUCGCUAUUGUGGAUUUGCUUUAUUGCACAAAAUAUCAAAUUGUCAGUGUCUCUUAAAUGAGGCUUCAACCAAAAAGAAGAAGAAAAAAAGGUCAGUUCCAGCAAGAUUCUUUUGCAAGAGCUUAAUACAUUUAAGGUGUAUAUCUGAUAACUUCAGUAUUGACAAAAUGUGUAGAUUUAGAUGGCCAAAAUGACCCGCUGCCAUGAGGUCAUCUGAAUGAGUGAUGUCAUUCAUUUCUAUUGCUGCUGAAUCAUGGACUUAUCCUGUUGAUCUAUAGGAUUACUCGAUAAGAGAACUUUAACAAUGGGAGCCACAAACUCUCCUGUUCAUUGUCAUUGGUACAAUUACAACACAAGAGUGUGUGUGUGUGUGAGACACUCCUGCAAUACAUUUGAUGGAUAAUGCUGCUAAUGGACAGUGUAACGCCCCUGGUGGUGCAACAGACCUUCUCUAUUGUUUUUAUUUUUCCUAACAUUUCAAAUUGUGUUUUAUAGGUGUGUGUGUGUGCGUCUGUGAGUGCGUGCGUGCGUGCGUGCGUGCGUGCGUGCGUGCGUGCGUGCGUGCGUGCCUGCGUGCGUCUGUCUGUCUGUCUGUCUGUCUGUCUGUCUGUCUGAGAAAGAGAGCCAGAAAGUAAGUAUGUGGUAAGGGGUUACAUGAGCCAUAUUGUUAAUGUAUUUUAAAAUAGUGCAUAUGACUCAAACCAUUUAGAGAAUGGGUAUCACCACAGCAUGAGCAAAACCGUGAAGGUACUGACCUCUGAUAUGGAUGUAAGGAAAAGUAGACAGCAUUCCAGCCAUAAUUAUGUAUGUCAGUGUGUGUGUGUUUGUUUUAUGUCUCUGUAAUGUCAUUCUGUGAUAAUGGCCUGCUAUUGCUAAUCAUGUAUAUUUUACUUUAAUGUAUUUUACAAACUACUGUUGUACAUGUAUAGCCUAAGACAGACAGAAUACUAUAUAUAUCAAUGUGUGUGAAUGUGUGCGUUAAGCAUUGUCUCCAUCAUGAGAAGCUGCUGCCACAGCUGACAAUUAAUUUGUCUUGAACUGAUAACAUCAUCCAAAGACAAAGUAAUUUAUUCACUGACUAUAGCUGGGUCAGGUUUGGAAGGAAGGAAGGCAGGCUGUUGGCAGUUGUGCAUGUUUCUGAUGAGAAAAACAAAACGAAACAAAACGUGUGUUUCUGUGUAUGUCCAGACGACCUUUGCUGCUAUAUGAGGAGAGGAGAGAAUUGGUCCAGUGUUAAUACUGUCCACAGUACUGAGUGAUCAAUAAACACAAGAAGGACUCACUUUA